AAUUAUAUAUACUAAAUUGAUGAAAAGUUGGAACACGAGAUGGGACAUAAAGCGUGUUAGAGUGAAAGUCAUUCCAAACAAAUGGUCACGCAUUUCUAUGCCGCCAUCCACUUGGGCAUUUAAUCAGACAGGUUGGCCGAUAUUAAAAAGUCUAAAGUCGUACGAUGGAGUUCAGCUGAGUACAUACGAUGUCCAAACAAAUAUUUCUAUAUAGAUCCUAACUUUCUCUGAUUCAACAUUGCAAGAAUUCAACAUUUUCUUCGGCUACUCAAACCAAAAUGGCUUGGAUUUUGGCGGCGGCAAUAGCAGCGAUCACAUCAUUCCUCUACCUGCUUCAUCAAUGGCGGAACCUCUCAAGCAAGAAGAAACUCCCUCCCGGCCCAAAAGGGCUUCCCAUUAUCGGCCAUUUCCACCUACUAGGCAAGAAUCCUCACCAAGAUCUCCACCGCCUAGCCCGCAAGCACGGCCCGAUCAUGUACACGCGCUUCGGCUCCAUCCCAACCAUCAUCGUCUCCUCCCCCUCCGCCGCCGAGCUCUUCUUAAAGACCCACGACCUCAUCUUCGCCGACCGCCCCCACCACGAGGCCGCCUACUACCUCGGCUACGAGCAGCGCAACAUCGUCUUCGGCCGCUACGGCCCCUACUGGCGCAACAUGCGCAAGCUCUGCACGCUCGAGCUCCUCAGCUCCCUCAAGAUCGCCCAGUUCGAGCCGAUGAGGAAGGCGGAGCUCGGGAUCUUGGUGAGCUCGCUGAGGGAGGCGGCGGCGGCGCGUGAGGCGGUGGAUCUGAGCGCUAGGAUUAUGUCGAACAACGCUGAUAUGACGUGCCUGAUGGUGUUCGGGAGGAAGUUCGCGGAGAGGGAUUUCGACGAGAGGGGGUUUAAGGAGGUGAUGGCGGAGACGAUGGCGGAGGCGGCGGCGUUCAAUCUCGGCGACUAUUUCCCGUAUCUUAGGUGGCUGGACCUUCAGGGCUCGGCGCGCCGGCUCAGGAAGCUGAGUGGUAUUUUCGAUAAGUUUCUUGAGAGAAUCAUUGAUGAUCACGUCGUCAAGAAGGAGAGGAGUCACGAUUUCGUGGAUACGAUCAUGGCCAUUCUUGACUCCGGCGAAGCCGGAUUCGACUUUGACCGCCGCCAUGUCAAGUCCGUCUUACUGGAUAUGUUGCUAGCUGGGAUAGACACUUCAGCGGCAGCAGCGGAAUGGGCCUUGUCUGAAUUAAUUAGACAUCCAAAAGUAAUGAAGAAACUCCAAAAAGAAGUAGAAGAAAUUGUGGGGCCAAACCAAAUGGUGGAAGAGUCUCAUCUCUCCAGCCUCAAAUACCUUGAUUGCGUGAUCAAGGAAUCCAUGAGGCUUCACCCGGUGGGCCCGUUGCUCAUCCACCAGGCCAGGGAAGACUGCGAGGUCGCCGGGUUCCACAUUCCGAACCAAGCAAGAGUUCUGGUGAACACGUGGGCCAUCGGGAGGGAUCCCGAUGCUUGGACCGACCCCGAGAGAUUUGCCCCUGAGAGAUUUCUCGAGAGCCAUGUGGAUCUCCGGGGUCGAGACUUUCAGCUCAUACCGUUCGGGUCGGGUAGAAGGGGCUGCCCCGGGUUGCAAUUGGGGCUAACCACUGUUAGUUUGAUGGUAGCCCAAUUGGUUCAUUGCUUUGACUGGGAGCUUCCUCAUGGAACGGCGCCGGCUGAUUUGGACAUGUCUGAGCAGUUUGGUCUGGUCACUUCUAGGGAUAAGCAUCUCAUGGCUAUUCCAAUUUACAGGUUGCGUCUUUGAGUUCUAGACCUAGAUUCUCUAUUUCGGAUAAUGAUUUUUACAAUGGAUCGAGACCAAACAUUAUUCCGAACUACAAAAUCAUUGUAGAUUUGUUCAAUUUGGGAUACUUAAUUUUGUACUUUGCGAUAGGAACAUGGAUAUUAUCCACUGUUAGCUCUAAAAAUAAUUAUUUUUUUGGCGGAAGCCGCGGAA